GACAAUGCCGACUCGAGCAGGAGCCGCAGCAGGCAGAGGGCGCGCGCAGAAGUCAGCGAGCACAGGAGCAUGUGGGACCGCCUCAGUUUCCAGAAGAUUGGCUCCUGGCUGAAGAAGGACGAGCAGGAACCCCCCUCGGCCCCAGCCAAGCCUGCGAAGCCCGCCGAACAGAAGAACACCAAGGAGCCCGCGCGACCGCAUUCGAGCGGCGGCCUGCUAGGCCGCAAAGGCAGCAAAAAAGUCAUCCCGGGCCUGCCUAGGCCCUUGACCUUCAAGCGAAUGCAGAGUGAAAAGAGAGAUAAACUGCUCGAGGUGCCCGAGGCCGAGCAACCCCGGAGAGCGGCUUCGGUCGACCGCCAGAGCUGUGCGCCCUCGAAACGAAACGCCUCGCCGCCGCCCAUGUCUGCCCCCUCCGCCUCUGCCCCCGACGUCCUGAGCCUGUGCGAGAGCAACGCCAAGAAAGAGCCGCCUCCGGUCAUGGAGGAGCGUACCAUAGGCGGAGGCCCCGACUCCAAUUUACCCCCCGGCGCGCGCCAGGUCGACUACGGCAUCGAAGAACCCCAAGAUUAUCUGUCGGCACACGCUUCGGUUGGCGAACUGCUGCCUCCACCUCCACCUCCACCUCCACCUCCGCCCCAGCCGUCCCAAUCCCCACCGCCCCCACCCAUCGAGGUGGCCGAUGCAUUUUCCGAGCACGGCUCGCACCGCACAGCUUCCGUCAUUGAUGAUGUCCGCCUGCAGGAAGAGCUCGAGGCAAAAUGGAUCUUGAAUCUCAGCAUGCACUUCCGCGACAUGUCGGACCGCGAAAAGUUCUUUGUCACUUAUGCCGAAGAGCCAAACAGGUGGAGACGCGUCACCGUGUCGUGCGAUUACCGAAACAUGGAGCCGGACUCGCUUGAAGCUGAUCUCAAGACCCUGCACUACCAGCGCGACAAGAGCUUGCGCAUCUAUGAAGCCAUUCGUGAUUCUCUGCCAGCCAUACAGUUUUACGACACCGUGACCAACCUCAAGCUCGAGACCACAGAUGGCCGUCUUCACGUUCACGUCACCGAGGAUGUCAAUGAGAUUAUUCCCUAUCCCGCUACCUCGGCCAUUGAGCAUCUGGAUUGCAAGCGCUUCCGAGAAGACGCCAUUACUUUUGAUUCACACAUUUCUGGCUUUGUGUACAAGGUUUCUGUGAGCAAUCGCAUCCUCAUCAAGAAGGAAAUCCCAGGCCCAGAUGCAGUCGAGGAGUUUCUCUACGAAAUUAAUGCGCUUAUCAGCGUUCAACAGGCCAAGUCUGUCAUCAGAUUCGAAGGCGUUAUUGUCGACGAGAGGAAUGAGCUGAUCAAAGGACUAUUGAUAAGUUAUGCCGAGCAAGGUGCGCUAGUAGACAUGAUUUAUGACUUCAAGUCAACAGGACACUUGUACUGGGAGCGCCGGGAGCGAUGGGCGCUACAAGUCAUCCAAGGCUUGUCCGAGAUUCACGAGGCUGGCUUCGUCCAAGGAGACUUUACCCUGUCCAACAUUGUCAUUGACAAUGACGACAAUGCCAAGAUUAUCGACAUCAACCGCCGCGGCUGCCCGGUUGGAUGGGAGCCACCCGAGCUGGCCAGGCUUAUCGAAAGCGGCCAGCGUAUCUCGAUAUACAUUGGCGUCAAGUCAGACCUGUUUCAGCUUGGCAUGGUACUGUGGGCGUUGGCAGAGCAGCAAGACGAGCCUGAGCGCCAACCGCGACCCUUGGUCCGCACCCUUGACCGGCGCGACACGGAAAUCCCACCAUACUUUCGCGACAUUAUCCGAGCCUGCUUGAGUGAUUUGCCACAGGCCAGACCAUCAGCCGCAACGCUACUCAAAUGGUUCCCUGAAGAUGUACUAGCCGAUGACGUUCAAGCCGCGACUACGGUAAGAGACAGCAUCUGUACACAUAGGAGUGACAAGGAAUACAUCGAUCCUAGAACAGCCGUCGACCUAGAGGACAUUACCAAACACCGUCGCGAUUCGAGACAGCAGCUGUCGUUUGAAGAGAUUGACGCCCCACGCACAGAGUACCCCGAAUCCUCCGGCUCGUAUGUUAUACCCAAUGAGCGUUCUGAGCGCGGUCGCUCUCCGCGUCCUCUUAGCCCUAGUGACCGGCAAACACGAGAUGACUGCUCACGCUCGCCUUACCCCGGCCAUCGAUCUGUCAUGUCGCUUGAUGACUCAGAACUCGAAAAUGAACUUGCAAGCCUACCAGCUAGCCGGGAGACUAGGUGGGAGCAGGUCUAUGUAGACGGGGAUACCAAGCUAGUCCAAAGGGCGUGCGGUGACAUUGACGUGCAUGACUAUGCACCGCCGGAACCAAAGGAUAUCUGCAUCACAAGUCCGCCAGGUGAGAUGGAAGAUUCAUUUCUAGGCAGCAAACCCUCGGAAGACACACCUCUGGGCUUGUCGGUCGGUAGUGGACUGCAGCCUAUUGAGUCACAGUCCAUGAAGAACAGCCUGCAAGAGCCAACUGAAGAGGAUCAGCUCCGUAGUGUCGGGGCCAAGGCUUCCUUCAGCGACCGCGUACACCACCUCGCACACCACAACCCCCCGAAGCCCGACUCGGUUCUGCUAGCCAAUCUCGAGUACGAUGUUGCCAUGGACUCGUCAGCACCCAGCACGGAGCCUCCAUCGCGCAUCAGCACUGGCUUUUCUGUAUUUGAUCGGCCAGAACCUGCGGCGAGGAGAGUGGCGCCGGGCUUCUCGAUGGCGCAAGGGCACCGUAUGCCUUUGCACCAAGAUUCAGGCUUUGGGGAGCCAGAACGGGUGUCGUUUGAGAGUGAUCGGAUGCGACAAAGCAUUGAGAGUAUCAAGGACCUGUCAUACUCGUCCAGUGAUGAGGCACGAAUCGACGAGAGACUAUGGGAUGAGAAAGCUGGCAUUUUGUUCAGUGGAGGUGUUCGUGGCGCUGGAAUGGAAAUCAAGCCAGAGCCCAUACCGAUAUUCUCGAUCCCACAGUCAUCCCAUAAAAAGGAGAAACUCGCCGUCACUUCAAUGCCCCCGCCAUCAAUGACGAGCGUUGGACCGAAAAACAUAGUCCGCGUAGACGAAGUUCAGGACAAGGGCUUGGGAGAAAAGGCGUCGGAUAAUACAAUCCGACCACCUAGCAUCGUUCUACCAGAUUCGCGCCAACCCGUCUCGAAGCCAGUCGAUUCAAAGGACGUCGUAUCCAACAAUGUCCCGCACAAAGAUGGAGACGUAAACGCAUCCAAGACUUUUACAGCAAAGGAUUCACCAAAGACCCGCAUUCGGGCGAAAAAGCCACCGCGAGACCCCCUCUACGAUGAAUACCUAUCGCCAGCCGAGAUCACAGACGAUGACGACGAUGGCGGCAGAAAAGCAUCCAAUGACCUUUCAGAUUACCUCUCGCACACUAUUUCCUUUGACCUGGACUCUAUUGAUCUUGAUAUGCGCGAACAU